AUGAAAUUAUACAAAUUUAGUACUUCACAUAUAGUAUUUGGAAAUAAAGCAAGAGAAAGAUUGUUAAAAGGAGUGAGUGAAGUAAAAAAAGCUGGUGUUCUUACUUUAGGUCCUUAAGGUAGGAAUGUAAUAAUAGAAAGUGAGACAGGAAAUCAUAGAAGUACAAAGGAUGGGGUGACAGUAGUGAAAAAUGUAAUGAUGAAUGAUAGGUUAUCAGAAAUGGGUGCAGCAAUGAUCAGAUAAAGUAGUAGUUAGACAAAUAAAUAUGCAGGAGAUGGUACUACUACUUCAGCAUUAAUUGCUGCAAAUAUAUUUGAAUUAGGAUAGAGUUAUGUAUCAGCUGGUCAUAAUCCGAUAUAUUUAACAAGAGGAUUAAAAGAGGCUAGGAAUAAAAUAUUAGAAUAUUUAGAGGAAAUUAAAACAACUGAAAUAGAUGAUUAAUUACUAUACAAUGUUGCUAAGGUUUCUAGUAAUUAUGAUGAAAAUCUAACAAAUAUUGUAUUUAAAGCAAUAAAAGAAAUAGGUAUUAAUGGAAUUGUAACUAUUGAACCUGGAGGCACUGAAUCUGUUAUAUAGAUUUAAUAAGGAAUAUAAAUACUAAGAGGAUUAAUGCAUGAAAAAUUUGCAGAUAAAGGAACAAAUAAAUGUAUUUUGCAUUAUCCAUUUAUUUUGACAUCAAAAGAACCUAUUCUAUAAAUUAAAUAGAUAUUACCAAUAUUAGAAUUGGUAAAGAAUACAAAUUCACCAUUAUUUAUUAUUGCAAGUGAUAUAAGUGAAGAAGUAAUGUCGUAAUUGUUAUACAAUCAUACUAAAGAUAUUCUUAAAGUAUGUGCCAUUACAAUACCUGGUAUGGGUUAAUCAUUUAGUAAUGAUUUGAUUGAUGAUUUUUCUAUUCUUUGUGAUUCUUAGUCUGUUGACAAUAUUUAGACAGUUAAAUAAUUAUCAUAAUUAGGAAGAGCAGUUAAAAUUGAAGUCACUAAUACUGAAACUAUGAUUAUUGGAACUUAACCUAAUGAAUAAGAAGUUGAAAAUAGAAAAUAUUUAAUUUAACAUUAACAGGAAAGUGCAAAGAAUUAUAAUGCAUAAACACUUAAAGAAAGAUUAACAAGAUUUGAUGGUAGAACAGCUAUUGUUUAUAUUGGCGGAAAGUCAGAGAUAGAAAUGCAUGAAAAUAGAGAUAAAUUGGUUGAUUCAUUGAAUGCAACAAAAUCUACUUUAAAAAAUGGAGUACUUCCAGGAGGAGGAACAGCUUUAUUACAUGCUUCUAAAUUAUUAGAUUAUUUAUCAAUUGAUGUUUAAUAUUAAUUAGGAGUUUAAUUAUUAUAAUAAACACUUAGAUCACCUAUUAAAUAGUUAUGUAGAAAUGCUGGAAUUAAUGAUGGACAAAUCAUUUAGGCUUUAUUAGAAGAAAGUGAUUACAAUAUUGGAUUUGAUUAAAGGAGAUGUAAAUAAAAUAUUUAAUUGAAUAAGCAUGCUUUGGUAAUAUGAUUGAUUUGGGAGUAAUUGAUAGUUUUUCUGUAGUAAAACAUUCAUUAUUGGAUGGAGUGAGUCUUGGUUCUAUGCUUCUAAGUACUGAAGCUGCCAUCGUUUUAGAUAAGACUUAUACUCCAACAGCAUUGAAUAAAUAUAAAAAAGAGGCAUUUUGA